UGGUCAUCAUCAUAGAAAAAAAAUGGGGAAUCUGAUUAUGGAAGCUCCACUUUUGGACACUUUCCCUUCUCAUGGUUUCAAUAGAAAAAAAUGGAGUUUUUUUCUUUGCUUUUUAUUUGCAUUCAUUGCCAUAACAUGGGUGAAUGAGUUCCAUCUAAUCUUUUUAGAUAUGUUGGAUUAAAUUCUGUGUAGUUCGGGGUCUGAGGAGAGUGGUAUGCUAAGUUGCGUGGACUUUUCACUUUCGAUGCUGCAGUUGUAUCGGAUUCUCCAAGAAUAAACCACUUCUGGAGAAUCUGACACGCACCUGUUGUUAUUUUUGAAGAGUCUAAAGCUACAUAGGUGGUGUGUGCCUUACCCUACCUUGUAAAGGUAGAGAGGUUAUUUCUGAUAAAUCACUAAAAGAAGGGCAGUCCGGUGCACUAAAGCUCCCGCUAUGUGCAGGCUCCGAGGAAGGGACCCACCACAAGGGUGUAUUGUACUUAACCUUACCUUGUAUUUAUGCCAGAGUCUGUUUUCAAGGCUUGAACCAUGACUUCCCGAUCACAUGUUGUAGGACUUACACACCAUGGAGACAUUGGUGUAUGGCUAAUUGGAGAUGUAAAUAGUAGACACAAUGGAAGACUGCAACAUAAUGCUGGUAUUGUUGAAUCAGAGCAAGCAGUUAUUGCUGCUGAUGAUGGUAGGUGCUCGGAAAUCGGUAUAUCCAUGCUUAAAAUUGGUGGACAUGCAGUUGAUGCUGCAGUUGCAACAGCAUUGUGCCUUGGAGUAGUCAAUCCAAUGGCCAGUGGAAUUGGUGGUGGAGGUUUUAUGGUUGUUAGAUCUUCAUCUACAUCAGAAGUUCAAGCAAUUGACAUGAGGGAAACUGCUCCUUUAGCUGCUUCACAGAACAUGUAUAAUAAUGGGAAAUCCAAGCUAGAUGGAGCAUUGGCUAUGGGAGUUCCUGGUGAGCUAGCUGGUCUUCACGCAGCGUGGGCAAAAAAUGGGAGGUUGCCAUGGAAGACCCUAGUUCAACCAGCCAUUAAACUUGCAAGAGAUGGAUUCGUGAUUGCUCCAUAUCUUGCAAACUAUAUUGUUAAAAAAGCAAAAUUAAUACUUAAAGAUCCUGGCUUACGGCAAAUAUUUGCACCCGAGGGAAAGCUGUUACGAGCAGGUGAUAUUUGCCAUAACUUAGAACUUAGUCACAGCUUAGAGCUAAUCUCUGAACAAGGUCCGGAAGCAUUUUACAAUGGAGAGGUUGGUGAAAAGCUUGUCGAAGAUGUGAAGAGAGCGGGUGGAAUUUUGACAAUGGACGAUUUGAGGAAUUACAAAGUGGAAAUUCCAGAAGCAGUUACUUUUAACGCUAUGGGCUACACAAUUGUUGGAAUGCCACCUCCAUCCAGUGGAACGCUGGCGAUUUCCAUGAUUCUUAAAAUCCUCGAAGGCUAUGAGAGUUCAAAUGCUUCGAAAGGUUCUUUAGGACUGCAUCGAAUGAUUGAGGCGAUGAAACACAUGCUUGCAAUUCGAAUGAACCUGGGUGAUCCCGACUUUGUAAAUAUCAGUAGUACUGUAACUGACAUGCUUUCCACAUCUUUUGCCAAAGAAAUUCGACGAAAGAUCUUUGACAACACCACUUUUCCUCCUGAAUACUAUUUACCCAGGUGGAGUCAGCUAAGAGAUCAUGGAACGGCUCACUUUUGCAUUGUAGAUGCAGAUCGGAAUGCUGUAUCGAUGACUUCCACAGUAAACUAUCCAUUUGGAGGCGGUGUGCUCUCUCCAUCAACGGGUAUAUUACUGAACAACGAAAUGGGAGAUUUCUCAACACCUGAUGAUAUAUCCACCGAUAAACUCCCUCCCGCUCCUUCUAAUUUCAUUCAACCAAAAAAGAGACCGUUGUCAUCCAUGGCUCCAAUUAUCGUUCUCAAGGACAAUCAGUUGGCUGGUGUAAUUGGUGGUAGCGGUGGCCUAAAAAUAAUCUUCGCAGUGUUACAAGUUUUCAUCAACCAUUUCGUCUUGGGGAUGGAUCCUUUAGCAGCAGUGCAGAGUCCGAGAAUCUACCACGAGCUAAUCCCGAAUGUAGUUCUAUAUGAGAACUGGACAUGCAUCGAUGGCGAUCACAUUGAACUAUCAUACGAUAAAAAACAUUUCUUGGAAGAGAGGGGACACCAACUCAAGGCAAAAGACGGAGGAGCCAUCUGCCAGUUGAUCGUUCAAGACCUUCAAAAUCCCCCCUUACGAUUGGGCAGACGGAGUGGAAAAGAAUAUAAGGACGGGGUUUUUCGUGGGAUGCUUGUAGCUGUGAGUGAUCCUAGAAAAGAUGGAAGACCUGCAGCCAUCUGAUGAACUUAGCCUGCUUGAUAUAUGAAUAGGAAUCAGCUAAUUAUUUGUAUACAAACUUCAAAAUGCAUAAUUUUGUGUUGAUAUAAAGUGAAGUCUUUAGCUAAAA